AUGAGGAUUUUAAAAGUCUUAACCCUUUUGGUAUUUCUAUUGUGCAUAAAUAUUUUCUCACCAUGUUACACAAAGAAUGGAUUUCUUUCCAAGAUUAAGGACCGAUUUACUAUGUUUGAGAAAAAAAUGAAGAAUAAGGAUAACAAGAAAAAAAUUCUUAUAUCUGCAUCAAUUAUAGGAUUAGCUAUUCUAACAAAUUUAUUAGCUGGAGUUGUUUACUACAAUUUUAGGAAAAACCAAAGAAAUGAAGUUCCAGAAUUACCUCAAGAAGAAUCAAGAAGAAGAGCUAAAGCAACCAAAGAAAUAAUUGAUGAAAUUAAUAUUAAAUCAGAAAAACAAAUGGCAAGAAAUUUUAGAAUGGGAAAUGAAAUAAUACCAAGAUUAAAAGAAGUUAUGACAUCUAUUGAAAAUGAAGGUAAGAAAAAAAAAUUAGAUCUUACUAAAGAUGAUAUUGCGGAUAUGUCUUAUUUCGUAUUUAAAAAUUUGUUCCAUAUUUCAGAAACAUGGAAAAAAAAUCCCACCUUAAUUCCAAUAGAUUAA